CUUCAAAUUUGGCUGUUUCCGUUUCCGCAGUGGUUAAUAGCAAAACUUUAAGCACUCUUUUGAUUGCAGAGUCGAUUGAUUCGUUUGUUUGUCUUGUCUUGUAAGCCCCAUACUCCACGAUGCUCAGGGACAAUCCUAUGCUGUCGAUAAAUGUUAAGUUGUGGCAAUACUUGGCAGUUGUAUUCCCGGGUCGUGGUAACAUUUGGCGCCUGUACGCUUUCGUGCUGCCCGUCUGUGUCAUGAACGCCAUGCAAUUUGUGUAUUUGUUUCGCAUGUGGGGCGACCUGGCACCCUUCAUUCUGAACACAUUCUUUGCGGCGGCUAUAUUUGAUGCUCUUCUGCGUACGUGCCUUGUCAUUCUCAAUCGGGAUAAAUUCGAGGCCUUGAUGUUGGAAUUGGCCUUGCUUUACAAUGAAAUCGAACAAAGCAAUGAUGUCUAUGCCAAGCGCAAAUUGAAGGAGGCAACGGCAGCUGCCAGGAAGGUAUCAAUUUUCAAUUUAACAGCUUCCUUUUGCGAUAUCGUUGGAGCUCUGAUAUAUCCUUUGUUGUGCGAGGGAAGAGUGCAUCCUUUUGGAGUUGCCUUGCCGGGCGUGGAUAUGACCGCCUCACCAAUCUAUGAGAUAUUCUAUGUGUUGCAGUUUUCCACGCCUUUGGCCCUUACCAUUAUGUAUAUGCCAUUUGUGAGCCUCUUUGCUUCGUUCGCCAUGUUUGGAAAGACUGCCCUGAUGAUACUACAGCACAGACUUCAAAAUAUAUGGCUUGAGGAGGGAGACGAAAACAAAUUUGCAGCCUUAAGGCGUUGCAUCAAAUACUAUGAUCGAUUGACGCGCUAUGUCUACAACUUCAAUUCAAUGGUAACGUACAUUGUGUGUGUUGAAUUUCUGCUGUUUGGAGCCAUCAUAUGCUCACUUUUAUUUUGCAUGAAUAUUAUUGAAACAUUUACACAAAUCAUAUCGAUAAUCAUGUACAUAUUGACAAUGAUGUACGUCUUGUUUACGUAUUAUUGGCAUGCCAAUGAAAUGCUAAUGGAGAGCGUGAAAGUAUCUGAAGCUGCUUAUGCCAUUCCUUGGUAUUAUGGCAAUCAUGAGUUCCGCAAAACCCUGCUCUUGUUUAUAAUCAGGACACAGAAGCCUUUGCAGAUUAUGGUCGGCAAUGUCUAUCCCAUGACUUUGGCCACAUUCCAGUCGUUGCUGAACACCUCGUACACCUACUUUACGAUGCUGCGGGGUCUAUACAACCAAUAAAGUUUAACGCCACUCGUUCAUGGCCAGCUGGAGGAAAAUAAACGAUUUGAAAAUUGCACACUCCAGAAGCACCAGCAAAUGUAGAAGUCACACUUUCACCAUUAACAGGAGUGCGACUUGCAGCACAGCAUCAGUAUCGGAGACUGCAGCGCCAGCGCCCUAUUCCUUCGUUGAGACAAAAAGCUAAAAUUGCACAGAGUGAAGAAAACUAAUCACAGAGUAACAGAAUUCAUUAGCUUGAAACAAUGAAUUAGAGGUUAAGAUUGCAUGCAGGGAAAGAACGAGAGGGACAUGGGAGCUCAUUCAGCGAAUAUGUACUUUCUAAAUAGCACUAUGAGAAUUUUAUG